AGUGAUGCUCCGACUGUAGCGUCCCUCGUUGAUCAGUCAAGAUGCUGUCCGGUCUGCCAGAGGCCCUGAGCCGGAUGAGGGCCAACUCUCUGCGCAGCUGCUUCAGCCUGGCGGGGCCCUCCGAGUCCACCAUGGUGGGCGUGCCCAUCGACAUCGACAAGGAUGAGGUCCGGAUCCUCAAAGUUUGCUUCUACAGCAACAGCUUCAACAUGGGCAAGAACUUCAAGCUCGUCAAGUGCACCGUCAUGACGGAGAUCCGGGAGGUCAUCAAAUCCAUCCUGCAGAGCGGAAGAAUUGGCCCGGACAUCCAGCUUACCGAGUGCUAUGCUUUGCGCCUGAAGCACGUGAAAUCUGAUGAAAUCCACUGGCUCCACCCAGACCUGACGGUUGGCGAAGUCCAGGAGAAAUACGAAUCUUUGCACAUUGAAGCCGAGUGGAGGUAUGACCUCCAGAUCCGGUACCUCCCCGAGGACUACAUGGAGCGUUUCCAAGAAGACCGGACGACGCUCCUCUACUUCUACCAGCAGCUCCGGACAGAGUACAUGCAGAAUUACGCCAGCAAAGUGAGUGAGGGAAUGGCGCUCCAGCUUGGCUGCCUGGAACUCAGGAGGUUCUAUAAAGACAUGCCGCACAACGCCCUGGACAAGAAGUCCAACUUUGAAUUCCUUGAGAAGGAGGUGGGUCUCGACCUUUUUUUCCCCAGACAGAUGCAAGAGAAUUUGAAGCCGAAGCAGUUCCGCAAAAUGAUCCAGCAGACCUUCCAGCAGUACGCCAACCUGCGGGAGGAGGAAUGCAUCAUGAAGUUCCUCAGCACCCUCUCCACGGUCGCCAACAUCGACGAGGAGAGCUACCGCUGCGAGCUGAUUCAAGGUUGGAACAUCACCAUGGACCUGGUGAUUGGGCCUAAAGGCAUCCGGCAGAUGACGACGAAAGAGGCAAAGCCCACCUCGCUGACCGAGUUCAAGCAGAUCCGAUCCAUCAAAUGUACAGCCGUGGAGGAAGGCAAAGCGCUGCUGCAGCUCGGACUGAUCGGCAAUCCCCAGUCUUUGACGAUCAAAACAUCCUCUCUGGCUGAAGCGGAGAACAUGGCCGACUUGAUAGACGGCUACUGCAGGUUACAAGGAGAUCUGGACGCCUCGCUCAUCGUUCAUCCCCGGGAGAAUGAGAAGAGGAUCAGCUUGCCCCAGGUCCCCGUACAGCACAUAGAGGAGAGGAGGUCUACCUUGGCAGAGAGCUUCAGCGGAGAUUCCGACAUUUACGCUGAGAUCCCAGACGAAGCGUCCAGACCCAAAUCUGGAGCUCAGUACGUGAUCUCUCGGGAGGACGUUGUCCUCGGCCGGAUCUUGGGAGAAGGCUUCUUUGGCGAGGUCUACGAGGGAGUUUACACUAAUGGAAGUGGAGAGCAGAUCAGCGUGGCUGUGAAGACCUGCAAGAAGGACUGCACCCCGGAGAACAAGGAGAAGUUCAUGAGCGAAGCAUUGCUGAUGAAGAAGAUGGACCAUCCUCACAUCGUGACGCUGAUCGGGAUCACCGAGGAAGACCCCACCUGGAUUGUGAUGGAGCUCUAUCCUUACGGGGAGGUGAGGAACAAAGCGGCGCUGAAGGUCCUCACGCUGAUCCUGUAUACGUUGCAGAUCGGGAAAGCCAUGGCUUACCUGGAGGCCAUCAACUGCGUGCACAGGGAUAUUGCCGUUCGGAAUGUCCUGGUGGCUUCCCCCGAUUGUGUCAAGCUGGGCGAUUUUGGCCUCUCCAGGUACAUUGAGGAUGAUGAAUACUACAAAGCCUCGGUGACCCGCCUGCCCAUCAAGUGGAUGGCUCCCGAGUCAAUCAACUUCCGGCGCUUCACCUCCGCCAGCGACGUCUGGAUGUUUGCGGUUUGCAUGUGGGAGAUCCUCAGCUAUGGCAAGCAGCCUUUUUUCUGGCUGGAGAACAAAGACGUGAUCGCCGUGCUGGAGAAAGGGGACCGCCUGCCCAAGCCGGACGCUUGCCCGCCCCUCCUCUACGCCCUGAUGACCCGCUGCUGGGAUUACGACCCCAGCGACCGACCCAAGUUCAAGGAGCUGGUCUGUAGCCUCAGUGACAUUUAUCAGAUGGAGAAGGACAUCGCGCGGGAACAAGAGAGGAACAAUCGCCACCGACCCCCCAAAAUCAUGGAGCCAACGUCUUUGCAGGAGCCCCCUCCAAAGCCGAGCCGACCGAAGUACAAGCCCCCGCCGCAGACAAACCUGCUGGCCCCCAAGCUGCAGUUCCAGGUGCCGGAGGGUCUGUGUGCCAGCUCGCCAACGCUCACCAGCCCCAUCGAUUACCCUUCGCCGGCCAACUCCCUCCACACUCCGCCGCUCAACAGGCACAACGUCUUCAAACGCCACAGCAUGAGGGAGGAGGACUUCCUUCGGCCGAGCAGCCGGGAAGAGGCUCAGAAGCUGUGGGAAAUGGAGCGGGCCAAGAUGAGGCAGCUUCUGGAAAAGCAACAGAAGCAGAUGGUGGAGGAUUACCAGUGGCUGCGGCAGGAGGAGAAAUCUCUGGACCCCAUGGUGUCAAUGAACAGCAACUUCUCCCCCCCAAAACUUCCUGGGAAAGAGAUCGGCUACAACGGCUUAGCGGAAUUUACAGGACCUCCAAAGAAGCCCCCCAGAUUUACACCUCAGAUGUCUCUUCAGCCAUCACCCACGGCGAACCUGGACCGGACGGAUGAUGCUGUCUACAGCAACGUCAUGGACCUGGUGAAAGCCGUUCUGAAGUUGAAGAAUGAAGUCAGCAACCACCCUCCAGAGCGCUACAUCCUGGCUGUUAAGGUCCUGGAGCUUUCCCUUCGGAAACUCAUUGGGAGCGUUGACGACAUUCUCCCGGCUCUGCCUUCAUCUUCACGCACCGAGAUCGAGGGCACCCAGAAGCUGCUGAACAAGGACCUCGCAGAGCUGAUCAACAAGAUGCGCCUGGCCCAGCAGAACGCCAUGACCUCGUUGAGCGAAGAGUGCAAGCGCCAGAUGCUGACCGCUUCGCACACCCUGGCCGUGGACGCCAAGAACCUCCUGGAUGCCGUCGACCAAGCCAAGAUGCGCGGCAACCUGGUCAAGGUCUCUUUUGAGUGACCGAGCGUGCGGGGCAGGUGGACAGGUUAGUCGGUACGUUGGUCUUGAACAAACCCCUUCCAGCUUCCGUCGUCCGUUUCCCUGCCUCCCCCAGCCGCAAGAUGCUCACGUCUUUGAUUUCGUCGCGUCUGUCUUCUGCAAGCAAAAAAGAGAGAAGAGACUCCCAGGAGGAGCCAUGCUCAGGGCAGGGAAUGGUCGUCUCUCUUUGCGGGUUCUGCGGACAAACGCGGUCAAGGCGCGCGACCGUGCACGCCGUGGUCCUACGGUGGAAAUAUUCCCAUCGGAGACUUUGGUCCGCCCUGUGGCCCCUUCAGAAAAUGCAGCCUCCCUUCCUGUGUCUACAUUUUGCUUCCUUUGAGGUGUGGUCGGUCUUCUUGGUGAGGGAGAUCACCAGUGGCAGGACGGGCGAGGUUCCCCACGUUGUUCUCAAGGAAAUGGUGGAGGAAGGGACCCUUUCGUGGCUCCACGGAUGCUCAAGGCCUGGGAUCCGGAGAACAGAUUUGGUGUCCUUUGGAUUGGGGCCAUCACAACAGCCGCGGCCUCCUUCGAAGAGACUCUGUGUGUGUCUUUGUACUUUGUGCAGAACCCUUUAUUUAAGGACGGUGCCCGCACAGUGUGCUUGGAACUGUUCUGCCGUGAAUCUUUCCUUCCCCUG